AUGGCUCAUAUGAUAAUCAAACCCCUCGUUUUCCUCUCCAUCGUACUAUCAAUCAACAUCGUCCAAAUAAUCGUCGGUGCCGAUCCUUUUACAAAGAGAUUUGAGGUUAAUGUGUACGAUUUUCUCCCCAAAGAAAAUUCUAAGUUAAUAACUCAUUGCCAGUCUAAGAACGACGAUUUUGGAAAUCAUACGCUUUAUCUGAACCAAUAUCAACAAUGGGCUUUUCAUCAAGACGUGUUUAAGAAAACUCUUUACUUCUGUCACUUGUGGUGGAACGGCAAGCAACAGACGUUCGAUGUGUUUAGUAAGCAUUUGUCCGGAGACUGCCAAACUGGAAUUGGUGGUAAUAUUUGCAGUUGGAUAGCUAAGGCGGAUGGCAUUUAUUUUAGUCCGGACAGAGUAACUUCUGCGGGUCCCAUUGGUGUCCCGCAGAAAAGAUACGACUGGCAGUAA